CUUUACCGUGCUUCAGUCACGUGACCUGAUUGUGUAACGGCCAACUUAACCUAAAAUUUGUUUUCGAUGCCUACUAGAUUUAAAAACAAUUGAUUCAAAUCGUGGAUUUUUAUUAUUUAAAUCAUGAGCCAACAAAGUCAAUUUUCGGACAUCAUUCCUGAUGUUGAUAAAUUUUUGGAAGAUCAUGGACUCAAGGACGAUGUGGGAAGAAUAAUGCACGAAAACAACGUCCAUUUAGUAAAUGACGACGGAGAAGAAGAAAAAUACUCUAAUGAAGCCAAUUACACUGAAUCAAUUUUCCCCCCCGACCAGCCCACAAACCUAGGCACUGAGGAAUACCCAGGCCCUUUUAAUUUCUCAGUCCUGAUCAGCCCCAACGAGCAAAAAUCGCCCUGGGAGUAUUCGGAAAAACUGAACAAAAUAUUCAUCGGCAUCAACGUGAAAUUCCCCGUGGCCUUCUCCGUGCAAAACCGCCCCCAGAACCUGCCCCUCUACAUCCGCGCCACCCCCGUGUUCUGCCAAACGCAGCACUUCCAAGACCUGGUGCACCGCUGCGUCGGCCACCGCCACCCCCAAGACCAGUCCAACAAAGGCGUCGCCCCCCACAUUUUCCAGCACAUUAUUAGGUGCAGCAACGACAGCGCCCUAUACUUUGGCGAUAAAAACACAGGGGCAAGACUCAACAUCGUCCUGCCUUUGGCCCACCCCCAGGUGGGGGAGGACGUGGUCAAGGAGUUUUUCCAGUUUGUGUGCAAAAACUCCUGCCCUUUGGGGAUGAAUCGGCGGCCGAUUGAUGUCGUUUUCACCCUGGAGGAUAAUAAGGGGGAGGUGUUCGGGAGGAGGUUGGUGGGGGUGAGGGUGUGUUCGUGUCCGAAGCGUGACAAGGACAAGGAGGAGAAGGACAUGGAGAGUGCUGUGCCUCCAAGGAGGAAGAAGAGGAAGUUGGGGAAUGAUGAGCGAAGGGUUGUGCCACAGGGGAGCUCCGAUAAUAAAAUAUUUGCGUUAAAUAUUCAUAUUCCUGGCAAGAAGAAUUAUUUACAAGCCCUCAAGAUGUGUCAAGAUAUGCUGGCUAAUGAAAUUUUGAAAAAACAGGAACAAGGUGGCGACGAUUCUGCUGAUAAGAACUGUUAUAAUGAGAUAACUGUUCUUUUGAACGGCACGGCCGCCUUUGAUUAGUUUAUUUCUAUAUUUAAUUUUAUACUUUAUACUUAUGCAAUAUUCCAGUUUACUUUUGUAAUAUUUUUAUUAAUAAAUUUCUAUGUUUUA